CAUGGCUCCGGAAAGCGAGUGCGAGACCGACCUGCGCGUGCUGGCCGCCGGCAUCCCGCUGCCGCCCCCGCCGCCCCCGCUCGGCAGGGACCCCGCCGUGCCGCACGCCCCCGUGCGCACGCACCGCCUCACCACCGACCAGAAGAGGCUGGCGGUGAAGAACGCGCUGCGCUACUUCCCGCUGGAGUACCACUCCAGACUGGCCCCAGAGUUCGCCCAGGAGCUGAACGAGUACGGACACAUCUACAUGUACCGCCUAAUGCCCAAGUUCCCUGUCAGGGCUUAUCCACUGCAACUUCUGCCUGCCCGUUGUCCGGAGGCGGCGGCCAUCAUGCUGAUGAUCCUCAACAACCUAGACCCGGCGGUGGCGCAGUUCCCACACGAGCUCGUCACCUACGGGGGCAACGGACAGGUCUUCUCCAACUGGGCACAGUUCUGGCUGGUGAUGCGCUAUCUGUCUUCGCUGGAGCGCGACCAGACGCUGGUGCUGUACUCGGGCCAUCCGCUGGGGGUGUUCCCGUCGCCCGCGUCGGCGCCGCGGCUCGUCAUCACCAACGGUAUGGUGGUGCCCAACUACUCCACCAGGAAGCACUACGACGACAUGUUUGCACUCGGAGUCACCAUGUACGGCCAGAUGACCGCGGGAAGCUUCUGUUACAUCGGGCCGCAGGGCAUCGUCCACGGCACUACGAUCACGCUGAUGAGCGCUGGCCGCAAGUACCUGGGCUGCGACAGCCUGGCGGGCAAGGUGUUCGUGACGGCCGGCCUGGGCGGCAUGAGCGGCGCGCAGGCCAAGGCCGCCGUCAUCGCCGGCUGCGUCGGCGUCAUCGCAGAGGUGAGCGAAGAGGCGCUGCAGAAGCGGCUACGCCAGGGCUGGCUGUGCGAGGUGGAGGGCGACCUCAACAAGCUGAUCCAGCGCAUCAGGGAGGCCCGCCGCAAAAAGGAGGCGACCAGCAUUGGCUACCACGGCAACAUUGUGAACCUGUGGGAGCGACUGGUGAGGGAACUUCGCGAGAAGGGCGACCUGCUGGUGGAUCUGGGGUCGGACCAGACGUCUUGCCACAAUCCCUUCCAGGGCGGCUACUACCCUGUGCAGCUGGACUUCCAUGAGGCGCAGAAGGUGCUGUCUGAAGAGCCGGAGCGUUUCUCGUCGAUGGUGCAGGCGAGCCUGGUGCGGCACGUGGAGGCGGUGAACGAGCUGUCGGCGGCCGGGAUGCGCUUCUGGGACUACGGCAACGCCUUCCUGCUGGAGGCGCGCCGCGCGGGCGCCGACGUCGAGAAGGCGGGCGCCGGACCACUCGCCUUCCGCUACCCCACCUACGUGCAGGACAUCAUGGGGGACAUAUUCUCGCUGGGAUUCGGGCCUUUCCGCUGGGUGUGCACAUCUGGGCUGGAGAGCGACCUGCAGACCACGGACAAGCUCGCAAUCGAUGAACUGGAGACUCUGCUGAAAGAUGAGAGCGUGGGCUACUCGACGCGCGCCCAGUACGAGUCCAACCUGGAGUGGCUGCGGCGCGCGGAGGAGCACCGGCUGGUGGUGGGGUCGCAGGCGCGCAUCCUGUACGCCGACCGCGAGGCCCGCCGCCGCAUCGCCGCCGCCCUCAACGACGCAGUCCGCACCGGCGCCGUCAAGGGCCCCAUAGUACUCAGCAGGGACCACCAUGACGUCAGCGGCACUGACAGCCCAUUCCGCGAGACAUCCAACAUAGACGAUGGCUCUGCUUUCUGCGCAGACAUGGCCGUGCAGAACUGCAUCGGGGACGCAAUUCGCGGAGCCACCUGGGUCGCCCUGCACAACGGCGGCGGCGUCGGCUGGGGCGAGGUGAUAAACGGCGGCUUCGGCCUGCUGCUGGACGGAUCGGAGGACGCAGCGAAGCGGGCGCACACCAUGCUGGCCUGGGACGUCAGCAACGGAGUCGCUCGCAGGUGCUGGUCUGGAAACGAGCUGGCUCUGGAGGCUACGCGCGUGGCCAUGAAGUCGGACCCUCGUCUGGAGGUGACGCUGCCGCACCACGCCUCGCCUCAGCUGCUGAACACUCUCUUCCAGUGACCUGUGCCGCCGGGACUACCUCAUCGGUGUUCAGCUCACUCUAUGCUUCCUCUCACUAAUUGUCAGAAAUGUGACACUCAUAUUCCUCUGAUACAUGUGUAAUUUUUCAUUGCUUUCUUAAUCGAUUGUGAUUUAAAGAGGAAAUAGGUCUGUAUAUGAAGAAUUAUCUCGCAGCAGCGCUGUGGUAUGGUUACUGAGCUUUUUGAUACUGUACUCGUGAUGGUUUCUCUUGCUGUGAGAUCGUUCGUACAACAGUAAUUUUUAUCACAUUUUACCAUAUUUUCUUCUGGUUCCUUCUUCUGAGUUUUGGUUUGCUCUUUUGUCUUUCCGGUGCGAUGACUCAAAUAUCUGGUCUCAUAUAUCGAGGGGCUUUAAAGAGAUUUAUCCGAUAUCAAACGACUGUAUCUCCUACAUGAAUUACAGCUGUAUCAGUAUUCUUUUUCGUUUAACUCCCGUACUGUUCUUCCAGUACUUACUUUAAUGUCAGUGGCAAAAUACUGAGAUUCAAGUUACCACCCGAUAGCCUUUACAAAGCAUGAAACUUCUGCCAGCUACUAUCCUAUUUCUUCCAAAAUAUUUAAAGUCGUUGUUAAUACGUCAACUUUUACAAGCCAUAAAGUUUCUGUCAACUACUUUGCUACUUGUUCCAAACAUUCCACUACCUGGUAGCUUUUUGAAAGCAUGAAGUUCCUGCCAAUUACUUCGCUAUUUGAUCCAAGGUAUUUAAUCUCUUUGUUAGCCUGUUAGCUGUAACAAAGCAUGGGGUUUCUACCAACUACUUCGCUGAUUGUUCUAAACUGCUUUGCAAGCCACGAAGUUUCUACCAGCUUAGCACAUUGUUCCAGAUUAUUUCAUAGCCUGUUAGAUGUAACAAGGAAUGGGGUUUCUACCAACUGCUUUGCAAGCCAUGAAGUUUCUACCAGCUUAGCUCAUUGCUCCAGAUUCUUUCAUCUCGUACAUCACACGUAUAGAAGAAGAAGAAGAAGAAGAAGAAGAAGACCAUAAAUAUAUCAACUGUCCGGUUAAUUUCGCCUGCGAGUUCUCUUCCAAAUCAAUAACUUUUUUUUUUUACCACAUAAACUCUAUGUUGCUUCUUGUUAUGAACAAGUGACGCUUUUAUUUUGUUCACUUUUGCUGUCAUUGUUUUUCGAUGUCCAGAUAUAUACACAACUAAGUCUCUCUUACCUCGUGACAUACGAAGAUGGAAAGUGAUGCUGCUGUCUCUGCUUCGCUGAUUUUGCUAAGAUGGAGCGGGGUCUUUCUUAAUUUUACGCGAAUUUACUAAAAUGAAUGUUGAUGCUCUUGGGCACAAACGUUUCAAUCAAACAAAUUGUCUGAAAAAGUGCAAAUAAAAAUUCGGAGUUGUAUAUGAAGGAGUAUCCAGAUGGGACUAAUGCUUUGAAUUUGAAUCGCCUAUUUUCAGUAUUUGAUCGCAACCCCCAAUAAAUAGGGUGUUUCACAAUUUCUGUUAGAUGCUUCUAGGAGAUGUAGACGGGACAUAGUACACAAUGUUUCGAAGAAGAAUCGAUUACCGGAAAUGUACCGUGUUGAUGUAAAAUAAAUCUGAAGAUCGAAUCACUUUGAAAUCUCUCGUUUCAUAGUACAAACAUAGCGGACACAAUGGGCUCUGACCCAUGUGAUGAACAGGAACCCAUGGCAUGGGCAGUGUUCCGAGUAGUCUUCGUCGGGUUCUCCUCUACGUGUCAAAUGACGUCAUCUCCGAAGUCGGGAGUACCGCACAGCACAGUCAGCCCUCCUACAUAGUUCCAAACGUACCACUUUCAGGCAUCCCUUGUUGCAAUCGGUCGAAAAUGUUACUUUAUGUCUUAAUUACAACAGGGACUGACUCUUCUCAGUUACUGUGAGUACCGUGGGGCCGGGAAUUUGAAAGUGAGCCGUUCUUCAUAAACUGUACAGUUCCGAACUUGAGUUCCUUAUAAGAACUUUAUCUAGUAAGUCCCCUCAACAACCUGCAGAAGCCUGUUAUAGGAAUUACGAAUACCUUAUAUAAUUGUAGGGGCGCGUACCUUUAUUAAAAGGAAAACACACUUAACGCCACUAGACUUGUCGUAUUUUCACUAAGUAUUAUUUAGUAAUCAAUCACUUUUCGCCGUAUUCUGUAUAUUCAUAAAUCUCUUGUAGAAUCACGACAACUUUAACCACUUGGAAUCACACGUUUCUUUACACCACCUCCAUACACACCUCUUUCUUUAUUUUCACACAUUCGAUGUCCAGAAAAUGCUACACCAAACGUCUUCUUUUCUCUCCCUCCUUCCACUUUCCUACAACUGUCCGUUCCUCUGAUUUUACCCAGCACCUGGGCACAGCACCCACACAACAGAAAAUGUACAUGUAUAAAACAUACAUACACACACACAAAUUUACGUGUUUCAGAUAGCACAGAUAUUAAUUAAACAAAAAAUAGAAAAUAUAUAAUUAACACGACAGAAAAAUUAUGUCACACAGUGAAGAUAGAAACACUGUGUAAAUUUCAGCUUACGCAUUGUAAUACAAAGUUUUUAUUUUCAAAAUAACCAUUUUGCAACAAUUUAUAACUUUGGGGUACUUUUUAAUUUCACGUUUAGGAUCAAAGUUUUUAUUUCCCUUUCACAAACUCUCAAUUAACUUCCCCAGGACGCACGACACACAGAGACGGUAGUGAAGCUCGUCCCUUACUUUUCCGAGAAAAUCUGUAGUUAGCGCACUCGCUGCUGUUGCUAAUGCGACCUCGAAAUUCAGCUGUUGAUAGGGGGAGAGUAGACAAAUAUUUCACAAACCCUCACAAAAAGCUCACAUACGGUGAGAUCAGGCGACCCUGAGGACGAAUUCUGCAAUGUGAGAUCCAUACACCCUUUACUCUGUACGAGUUGCAGCGCCGUUCUUUAGAUGAAAAGUUGUGACUGAAGACGAGAAUGAGAAAUGUCAUCUCGACUGGGUGCAUACUGGGCAAUGAACAAGCGAUCAGGCUGGUUGCCAUAGGGAGACCCCUACUGCCAGCUUACAACUGGCAUCAAGGUGUACUCCUACAAAAGACCGCGCCUAUUCGUCAUCGCCGAUUCCGUCCAAAUUUAUGGUAUAUGCAGGGCAAGACCAAAAAUGAAAGUGGCGAGCGUGGGACCACAGAUGGCAAAGCGUUCAGAAAAAAACAGCAAUUUUGGCGCGGGGGCGACGAGGCUUGAACCGCGUAUGUUGAUGUAUUUUCCAGGCAGUGUUUGGCGCAGUGGAAAGAUUAAAGAACAGCAAUUUGAGGGUCAAAGGGUCGAGUAUGUACGGGGAAACUACUUUAUGUUUCUUUAUUUCCAGUUUCUACGUUAUUUACACUGCAAAUAAACCAAAAUAAUGCUCAAUAUAUUGUAUUGGUUAAUGUUUUCAUAAUAAGAAUGAAAAGGAAAGGGAUAGGAUAAAUCGAGAUUGCAAAUAACUUCCCGGGAAGCCAUUUUAAGGCGUACACCGGAACUUCGUAUAUAAAAUUAGAUACUUUUAUUGUUUUACAGUCGAUGAUAUACACGUGCAGGGACGAUUUUCAUCCUAAAAACAAGGUAGCAAUAAUGCUGUCGGCGUUUUGCUCACGUUAUAAACGCCACAUUUUUACAGUUACGUGGUUAUUUUAAAGUUUCUAUAGAGAAACAAACCUGGUUCACAUUCAUAGAAGAUUCUCUCUCAUCGUAAGUUUGGCAGCAGACCACGCACAACCCAAAAUUUCGCCAAAUUUGGCCACCAUAGCUGGUGACGUACAUUGUAAUGUAUUUUUAUACAGUCUUCUCAAAGCUCAAACUGAAACUUACGGAAUACGAAGUCCUGUACGUUUUAAUUACUAUGCAUUCGUGAAGUGUUAGUUGCGGAGUCCUCAUGCAUGCUAUAAGCACAAUCCUUUCUCGGAAAUUUAUUUACAACCAAUUUUUUUUUCCUCACAUCUAUAAUUCUCACGCCCAUCACUUCCAUUUCUGGCAUAGUCAUGCAGAUACCAUAAAGUUUCCAUACAAUAGGUUUAACGGGACUCAAACCUUGUAGAAGCUAUAGUUCUGUGAAAUCGGAUGAAUCUUUUUGAAACACGCUCUAUUUCCCUGUAGAGUUCGCUUAACACAGCCGACCAACUAGACCGAAUUCUACGUAAUAAAAAUCAUCUUGAACCCAAAGCGACGAACUAUAUAAUCUUCAUGAUCUCACAGACAAUACUAUCUACUCAUUAAUUCUCAGCACUGGCAAACCUGCUGAAUGAAAGAUAUCAUUCAGCUCUUAAGUAUCAUUUACUAUGGAGCUACAAAAACGACAGUUAAGCACCUUUCUGUCUCUGACAUUUACAGUUUUAGUGAUCGCGUGAGUCCUAGUUAGCUUUAGCAGAUAAGAAAUGGCAGCUCUAGCGGUUAUCAAGCAGUAUCUGAGUAAAUUUUACUCGAUAUCUGGGUAAUCCAGUUGGUGAGAUAAAGGACUUAGCGUCGCUCUCGACGUUUGUCCCUCGUCGAUUCCAAUAUCUUAAGAGAUUCUUUGACAGAUUUACUCUGCUCUCUAGAAAGACGAAGUUUGUUUAUAUUUGACAUGCGCUUACCCGUUGUGGAACUAACAGCUUAUACAAAAGGGCGUCAGCAUUUCGACUACAGCUGAUAGCAAAUCUCCUACCAUUUAGGAUAGUAUCAGUUACGUUCAUUAUGACUACUGCUUCCACCACUCGGGUCGGACUCCUCUUGUCUCAUAAUUGUUGAUAGUUCUAAAAGCAAUUACGUGGAAAAAAUAACAUACCUCUUUUAUUAACAGAGACAUUUUCGACUUUCUUCAUUUCAAAUCACACAAUAAAUUUCAUCAGUGCUAUGAACAAAAUUCUACGACGCACUUAAUAUGUUGAUCUGUCACAACAGUGGUAUCUAGACCUCUGUAGUACCUGGAGCUUUGGAUGUCAUGUUGAAUCUAUUAACAGAUUGACCGCAACUUCGUUACCGUUAUCUCCCAGCCGCUUUUACAGAGGAACCACAUUUCAGACACGUUUGGAGGUUCCGCAUUGUCAGUUUCGGACAUCUCGUGUUUUAGAUAAGAGCGCUAACACUUCAUUUAGGUAUUCUUUAAAUGCAGUAAUGCUAGAUUAUUGGAAACUUGAUAUUUGCCAAUUGCAACCUUUGAGGUCAAAAGUUCUUUGUGAUGGCAUUUCCUGUACAGUUCCACACUUUCAUACAAGCGAGCUGAUCUCCAAGUGCAUCUUCCUCUUUCUCACUCGAUGUGGCCACAUGGCAGCAUUGAUCAUUCAUCUGCAGCUCUGUGUUUACUGGUAUAUUCCAACACUUAUCUCAUUGUGAUAAAUGCUUAAAUAUCUCCUGUAAUCAUUUUAUUUCUUAAAGUACAAGAAAGGACUUGAAUCUGGGCUAGGUGAGUUUUUUCUUGACUCUCCUUUUCAUUUUAAAAAACUAGGUUGAAGUUCGUCAUAUUUAAAACUACACUUUCCAACACAUUAGCAGAUAAAUGCUAUUUGCUCAAAGACUGUUACUUUUUUACAUUGACUAAUAGGUAUAAAAGUUAAUCAGCAUUAAUGGAAAUUAACUGAUAUUACACGUGUGAAAUACUGCAUAAGCCUUUGGUAGGAAACUAAAGUUGUUAGAUUCUUUCAAGCAUAAAGGGAGAAUUAUGUGCACUUCUUAAGACUCAGUAACGUAAGGCCUACUACUCCACAGCGCAAGCGUUAAAACGAUAAGCUUACCAGUUUCAGAUCUCGACGUAACUGUUUACUACAAUCAUCUAAAUUGUCUUCGACCCAGGGUAUUCACUUUUCCCUUCCAAUCGCUAAUAUCUCUCUCUUUCUCAUACACGACACACGCAAAUUUGUCAUCUGUGUAACAUCUCACACCGCCCCGUUGGCAGGGUUUCUGCUUAUGCAAGUCCUGGUCAGCAUGUUCACUGUUCCAUAUGGAUUUUCCACACAAACUUCUGUUGGCAUUCUCUAUUCCCUGUAAUACAGUCAUGUUUCGUCGGUUCUACGGUUUUAAGAUUAUUUGUAGAUGGUCAUUUGAAAAGUACUCGGCCUCCUAUUUUCCAGCAAUCAUAUUGAUCCAUUAACGCAUCUAUACGAAAUUUUCAUAAAAAUGAUUUGUUUAAGGAAGUGCUUCUUCAUGUCCGAUAUUAUUUUAAACUAGUAGGUUUUCCGUUUGCAUUCGCCUCCUUUCUACGUCUGCUUAGUUUGUGAUAGCUCCUUUUUUUAAUUCCCAUGCUUAUUAGAACCAUGUCUUAUGAUUUAUCACACCAUCCCCAGUCUUAUAAUUCCACCUUGAUUCACGUGCCUAGCACUGAUUUUCAUCUCUGAUCUUUUUCGUGUUACAAACCCCUUUUAGUACCACUAACCUUCGUUCUAAGGCUCUUCUUAGUACGAAUGUGAAUACAGAAGUGUAUCUAUUACUGAAAUAGUGCCGCUUGCCGCCAUUGCUACAUAUAAAGGCAAAGUCCUAAACUACAGUGCGUUUCAUUAGACUAUACGUGUCAGUAAAGUCUCAUUUCUAAGUCUCAUAAACGGAGUCCAGGUGUUAAGAGACUUACGCUGAUGCAGCCACAGUUUACAUAAUAUAACCCUGAAGAACAACCUCACAUCCUGAUAUCUCACAAAUACGUGUCAGACAUUGAAAAAAGAAAGGAAAAAAAGGAAAAAAACCUUCGUCAGAAGACUUCUUUCAUAACUCUGUCAGAAAGAGAACAGGUAAAGUACAUGUUUUAUCGAUAAAAGUUUCUACCCCCUUGAAACACAGCCUUUCGAGCCAUUGUAGAUUUAAGCAAAUAUUUGUCUUGAAAUGUAGGUUGCGCUAACUAGAAGAAAUGGCAGUUUAUUGCUGCCCACUCAUUCAGCUUAUCUGAUGUUCAAUUAUUCUCAGUGAAGUGUACAUUCAGUCAAAUGAUCCAAUUUCAUUUUAAGGCAAGUACUAUAUUUCAUAUACCAGAUGCAUGGUGAGGGGAUGUGAAACGGCUUUCGUAUAAGAUGUGCUCAAACUUCGUUAGUAUAAAUGUUCUUGAACUUCCACUUUGUGUAGAUUCAAUACCUUGUCAGUUUGCUGUGUAAAUAUUUCUAAGCAUUAAGUGUUAGUUGAUUUUGUAAGUCUUGUUAAGAAUGGGGAAAACUGUGACAACAAAUAAAUAAAAGUCUUUAUAAGAAAAUA